GGUUGAAUCUCGGAAAAUGUUAUAAACAACCUCAGCCAGCUAAUAAUAAUAAUAAAAGAGAUACUGGUGAAAAUUACACUGAUCCGGGUGAAAUGUUUGCGGGAUAUCCAAUAUUAUUUGAGAGUACGAAAAGUUGUACUGCUGCUUUUAUAGGCAAUAAACAGGGUAUUGAUGGUUUAAUCACAUCGGCUCAGUGUUGCACUAGAAUUAACUGUAAUUUCUUUCCUAAUCAACAUCCUGAUAGUGUUUCUGAAAAUUUGGAUGAUGGUAACAUAACACAUAUUGGAUAUGCUUACGAUAUGAUGUUUGGUGAUAAUGGUUUAGAUUAUGUUUUUGUAAAUUCUAUAUCGAUUGACUGGAAUAAUAUUCCUUAUACUACCGGAUUAACUUCGGACGAUAGCACAAUAAGUGAACUUUAUCCUAUAACUUCUUAUCUUACUCUCAACGAAACAGGACAAGAA